UGUUGCAAAACUACAACUCCCAGCGUCCGUGCGCAGCAAACGUCCCUGCGCGUUAUCAUCAAGGCAACGUCACUAGUCCGGGGCCGGGCCAAGAGCGGAGAAGAGGGCCUCCCGGUGAAAAUGGACAGCCCGGAACGACUAACCAUCCCCACCGGAUGGUCCCUGCAGCAUAGAUGGCCCGGACCAGCUCACCCUUCCUUCCCACCAAGGGGAGCAUCCAUGACAAUAAACGUGAGGAUCGUGUCUGGGAUUUCGGCUGCCAAAACACCUUUAGUUCCCCCGGUUCCUGUUCCUGGACAAGUUACGUCAAUGAUUUUGACAGGGAGUUCACUUUUGUCUGUCCAUUUGGCUCUGUCCUGAGUGGAAUGGAUAGUUACCAUGAUAAUGGAAGAGAAGACAGAAGAUGGAGAUUCCUCUGCUGUCAAGGAGAUAGGUCUGUUGAACGUAACUGCAAAUGGAGCGGCUAUGUCAAUGAAUUUGAUAAUUACCUGAGAUGGGACGCUGCUCCAAACUAUUACCUUGUUGGGGCUCAGAGUUACCAUGACAACAGCAGAGAGGACAGACGUUGGAAUUACUAUUCAUGUGAGAAGAAUUAAGACAAAUAAAGUAAAAAUGCUUAGACA